GGCUGCACGAGGCACACCGUCUCAGGGCUGAUCCGCGGUAGACGUUUGCAGGGCGGCUGACCGGCAGUCUGUGGGCACGCACCGCCUCCUGGGGAAGCCUGCGUCGGCUGUGCAGCUGAUUCCUUUGGUCUCGUCGCCAUGUCCACCAACGAGAAUGCCAACUCGCCGGCUGCCCGGCUCCACAGGUUCAAGAACAAGGGGAAGGACAGCACAGAAAUGAGACGGCGCCGAAUAGAAGUUAACGUGGAGCUGAGGAAGGCCAAGAAGGAUGACCAGAUGCUGAAGAGGAGGAACGUGAGCUCCUUUCCCGACGAUGCGACUUCGCCGCUGCAGGAAAACCGCAACAAUCAGGGCACUGUACAUUGGUCUGUUGAUGACAUUGUCAAAGGCAUAACCAGCAACAAUUUGGAAAGCCAGCUCCAAGCUACCCAAGCUGCUAGGAAACUGCUUUCCAGGGAAAAACAGCCCCCCAUAGACAACAUAAUCCGGGCUGGUUUGAUUCCAAAAUUUGUGUCCUUCUUGGGCAGAACUGAUUGUAGCCCCAUUCAGUUUGAAUCUGCCUGGGCGCUCACUAACAUUGCUUCUGGGACCUCAGAACAAACUAAGGCUGUGGUGGAUGGAGGUGCUAUCCCAGCAUUCAUUUCCCUGUUGGCAUCUCCCCAUGCUCACAUCAGUGAACAAGCUGUAUGGGCUCUAGGAAACAUUGCAGGUGAUGGUUCAGUUUUCCGAGAUUUGGUUAUCAAGUAUGGUGCAAUCGACCCCCUGUUGGCUCUCCUGGCUGUUCCUGAUAUGUCUUCCUUGGCAUGCGGUUACUUACGUAAUCUGACAUGGACACUUUCAAACCUUUGUCGCAACAAGAAUCCUGCACCCCCAUUAGAUGCCGUUGAGCAGAUUCUUCCUACUUUAGUUCGUCUCCUGCAUCACGAUGAUCCGGAAGUGUUAGCAGAUACCUGCUGGGCCAUUUCCUAUCUCACUGAUGGUCCAAAUGAACGGAUUGAGAUGGUUGUGAAGACGGGAGUUGUGCCGCAACUCGUGAAGCUUCUGGGAGCUAAUGAUUUGCCAAUUGUGACUCCUGCGCUAAGAGCCAUAGGGAAUAUUGUCACAGGGACAGAUGAACAGACACAGGUUGUGAUAGAUGCAGGAGCACUUGCCGUCUUUCCCAGCCUGCUCACUAACCCCAAAACUAACAUCCAGAAGGAGGCCACGUGGACAAUGUCAAACAUCACAGCUGGGCGUCAGGACCAGAUACAGCAAGUUGUGAAUCACGGAUUGGUCCCGUUCCUUGUUGGGGUUCUCUCUAAGGCAGACUUUAAGACACAAAAAGAAGCAGUAUGGGCUGUAACCAACUAUACAAGUGGCGGAACAGUUGAACAGAUUGUGUACCUUGUUCAUUGUGGUAUAAUAGAACCGUUGAUGAACCUCUUGACUGCAAAGGAUACCAAAAUUAUUCUGGUUAUUCUGGAUGCCAUUUCAAAUAUCUUCCAGGCUGCUGAGAAAUUAGGUGAAACUGAAAAACUUAGUAUAAUGAUUGAAGAAUGUGGAGGCUUGGAUAAAAUUGAAGCUCUUCAAAACCAUGAGAAUGAAUCUGUGUAUAGGGCUUCAUUAAACUUGAUUGAGAAGUACUUCUCUAUAGAGGAAGAGGAAGAUCAAAAUGUUGCACCAGAGACCACCUCUGAAGGCUACACCUUCCAAGUGCAGGAUGGGGCACCGGGGGCCUUUCACUUCUGAUCGCACUGAAGAGGCACUAGUCGUUUUGUUGUUUGUCUUACUGUUUCUCUACUAAGACCUUUUUUUAAAUGUGGUUUGUUAUUGUAGCACUUUUACAACAAAACUAUACUUGAACAGUUCCAAACUGUACAUACUGUAUGAAGCUUGUCCUCUCAAUGGGUUUCUUACUUCUGUGGAAUUUCGUAUCUUACAGUGUCCUGUAAAUAAAGACAAAAUUCCACCCCUUUCUUUACUUCA